GGAGAGUUGUGUACAUGGUGUUAUGUGAUGUGAAGUGAUGUAUACAUUUUUUUGGGAACAGAAUUAAUCCUUCGAUCUUCUCUGGGAACAAGUUUCUCGCGGUAAUGAUUUUUGAAUAAUAUGAACGCUGUGGAAGGCAGAGGAAAUGUUGAACCAGCCCCACGAGUUCGUCGUGUUAAAAGGUAUUCGACGGAGAUACCUGAAGGUUGGUGGAAGCUAAUGCGUCGACGAAAGUCGGGAUUAUCAAAAAAUAGGUUCGACAGUUACCUGAUAGCACCUGAUGGAAAACGGCUUAGAUCGAGCGUAGAGCUGUGGAAAUAUUUAAAAGACAAUAACUUAACUUGGCCGCAAACUUGUUGUGACACGAAGUCCAUCUUUAGCCAAAAAUCGCAUCACAAUUUGUGUACAGAGGAUGCUGAUGAGAUUUUGUUGGAAAAUAACCCGAAAGCACCAAAAAUACAUGCACCAGAAUCAACAGAAAAUGAACUGUUUCGUAAUACGGUAAUAAAAUCAGAAAUCGUACCCGAACAAAGUAGGUCACUGAUAGACCACAGUUACUAUUUCAAGCAAGAGGAUGAGAAAGACAUAUUUGCAGAAGACAUGUGUAUAGAAAGCCCAACAUUUGAAAACGGGAUACGGCAAGACACAAUCGCAGAAUAUUUGGCAAUGAAGUUUUCAAUCAAGACUGAAGACUGUGAAGUUCCAGAGUGUGAAGUUCCAGAGUGUUGGACUUCAGUGAACGAUUCCCAGGCAGAAGUGCUAUCAGCAGUGCAUCAUAAUACAGUGGAACACCAAAGUUCAGUGUCAGGAUUGUGUAAUACUGUGAGACAUUCAGAGAAAUCAAAUUUAACAUCUCAACUGAGUAAUAUAUGUUUAAAUUCCAUACCAUUGUCUAAUGUAAAGGAAGGAGCGUUGCGUCAAUAUGAGGUAAGACCUAGAAAAUGGAUACCUCCAAAGUCCCCUUUUAAUCUCAUUCAAGAAACUCUCUUCCAUGAUCCAUGGCAACUUUUGCUAGCCACAAUUUUUCUCACAAAGACAGAGGCACAAAGAGCUACGGAAAGUUUUUACAGAUUCAUUGAACGCUGGCCAACAGCUGAUGACAUCAUUGAUGCAGAUAUUACUGAGCUGUCACAGUUUAUAACUCCUCUAGGCUUUCAUCGUUUACGAGCAUAUUCGAUUAAGAAAUUUUCAUAUGAGUUUAGGCAUAAAUCUUGGGAAGACCCAAUUCAGCUCUUUGGUAUUGGUAGAUAUGGAAGUGACUCUUAUAAAAUUUUUGUAACAGGUGAGUGGCAAAAUUGUCAUCCACAGGACCAUAUGCUGCAGAAAUAUGUCCACUGGCUGGCAGCAAAUUAUCCACUUGAAACCAACAAAUAAUCUGCAUCCAACAUUAAUAUUUUCAUUGAUAUCCAAAAGAUUGUUGGUGUCAUGUUCAGUGAAUAUAUAUGUGUCUCUGUUAGCUUGAAGCAAAUAAGUCAACUGAAGAAAUGUAAUUUACAAUGACAAAUUUUAAUUUCUCUUUAAUUAUGGUUCAUUUAAAGUAUGAUUUUUAAAUGAGUUAAAUUGAGAAUACAUUGAAGGACAUGUGCUUGAUAAAAACUGUUUACAUAUAAUGUACUAACUCUAUUUUACUCAGAUGAACACUUGUAUUGGAAUAGUGUCUCCUUCAUAUUAGGAUAGUUUAAGUGUCAAAUAUUCUGUUUCAUUGCACUAAUUUAGUGUAUUGUUUUUGUUAAAAUUACUGAUGUACUUUAAGGGGUAAUUUUUGAGAAGAAUGAAUGUUUGGUCUGAAAACUGAUCAAUUUGAUCUAUGAAUAUAGUUUAUGAAAAUUAUUUAUUUUUUCCAGAAAUGUGUCAUAUAUUUAAACCAUUUCCUACUAGGAGAUUAGGUUCUUUUAGACUCCUCUUUCAUAUUCCCUACAAAUAGCAGAGUUUAACAUAUGUUUUUAAAGCAUUAAUGGCCUACAUUAAGCAACUUUGGAAGGGUAUUUGAGGUUGUUAUUUAAUUAUGUAAUGGCUCACUGCUAGACACAGUGAUCUCCAUUCCCACAUUUGUGUAGUACAUUAUAUGUAUUCCAAGAAAAUUUUCUCAGGCAUAGUGUAUUGAGGCUUACAGACACACAUCUUCAUGUGUAUAUAUUUACAUGUUAUGUAUUAAGCAUCUGUUUUAUGAAAUGCACCAAUAGUUUCUCUAUUCAUUCCUGUGUGUUUCUGAGAAAUAUUUUAAAGAAAAAAAGGAACUGAUACAAAAGUUAUAAUGGUCUAUUUUAAUUUCUCAGUUAUUACAGUUUCUGGUGUACAGCUAAUUUAUUGCACACAAAGUGUUUUUUUUUUAUUUAUGAUUCUGGAAUUUUGUUAUAAGCAAAUGAACAGUUUCACUUGAAUGAGCUGUUGUUGCCAUAGCAGCAGAAACCACCUCAAACUGAUGACCUACUGUUCUUAAGUCCUGUGUGUAUGAAUUUUGUUCUGUAAAAGUAAUGUAAUGGAUUAUUCUUGUAAUUAACUCUACAUGAAGCUGCAAUAAUUUGUUUAUCCUCUGGCAGGAAAUGCAACAUGAAAACCAUCACAUACAUAUUUUUGUAUGUAUGUGGAGAACCUAAGGCUAAAAGAUACUGGUAAUUAAGCCAGUGUAGUACUCCGUUCUAGGUGUAAUCUGCUGGUGGAUUGCAAAGUAGGAGCUCUGCUACCAGUAUACACUUCCUUGCAGUAUAGACCAAGUGUUACAUGUAACAACAAAAAAAUAUCAGCUGUGACAAUGUAAUGUAAUUGGAUAGACAAAAAAUAUACUCACCAAGUGGCGGCAGGAGAACAAACGUAAAUAAUGUAUAUGUAUGUUCUCCUGUCGCCACUUGGCGAGUAUAUUUUUUUUUCUAUCCAGUUACAUUAUAAGUGUUGUGUGUGUUUUUCUCCAUGGAAGUGUUGCUCUCUAGUAUGGUAAAUUGUGAUAUUAUGAUGUAAUGUGACUGACUGUGUAUUACACACCACAGAUUUGUUCAUAUGUGUUAACAAUAGAUAUUAAUUGCCAUAGUCAGUAAAUUUCGAAGUACUGGUUGCAGAGAAAUGGAUUAGUAAUUACUUUUUAAAGUUUGUUAUUACAAAUUAUUGGAAUACAUGCACACCCGUGUGUGUGUGUGUGUGUGUGUGUGUGUGUGUGUGUGUGUGUGUGUGUGUGUGUGUGAGAGAGAGAGAGAGAGAGAGAGAGAGAGAGAGAGAGAGAAUUAUCUUUCUUAAAUUUUGUACUAGUACAAUAGUGUGGCAACUGUGAAAACCACAAUAUUUAUGAAGGUUGCCGCAGAGACUGCUAGAAAUCAUAGCAAUAAGUGCAUUAUACAUAGAGAUUAAUGGACAGUACAGCAGUUCUGUGUUAUUACAGGUACGAGGACACAAUUUGUAGCAUAUGCAUUCAGCAUAAAAUGUAACUUACAUUGUAUCCAUAAAACUGCAAUUCUGAUUAA